CUUCCGAGGGAGGGAGCCUAGAGCGAGGGAACCCGGAGCAACUGACCAGCGGUGGGCCUGAGUUUUCCUCCCCGCUGGUGUGUGCCCCUGUAUCAUGCUUGGGGAUCACUGUGGUCUCCCUGCAGACCGAGCUCUGCUUAGCCAGCCCCCCAGAACUGGACUCCGUUGCAAAAUGGUACUUCAGGCAGUCAGCAAAGUGCUCAGGAAAUCUAAAGCAAAGCCCAACGGUAAGAAGCCUGCUGCAGAGGAGAAGAAGGUGUAUCUGGAGCCUGAGCACACCAAGUCCAGGAUCACCGACUUUGAGUUCAAGGAGCUGGUAGUGCUGCCCCGGGAGAUCGACCUCAACGAGUGGCUGGCGAGCAACACAACUACAUUUUUCCACCAUAUCAACCUACAGUAUAGCACAAUCUCAGAGUUUUGCACAGGAGAGACAUGUCAGACGAUGGCCGUGUGCAACACACAAUACUACUGGUACGACGAGCGGGGAAAGAAGGUCAAAUGCACAGCCCCCCAGUACGUCGACUUUGUCAUGAGUUCUGUGCAGAAGCUGGUGACUGAUGAGGAUGUGUUUCCCACAAAAUACGGCAGAGAAUUUCCCAGCUCCUUCGAGUCUCUGGUGAAGAAGAUCUGCAAGUACCUGUUCCACGUGUUGGGCCAUAUCUACUGGUCCCACUUCAAAGAGACCUUGGCCCUCGAGCUGCAUGGACACUUGAACACACUGUACAUCCACUUCAUCCUCUUUGCCAGAGAGUUCAACCUGCUUGACCCCAAAGAGACCGCUGUCAUGGAUGACCUCACUGAGGUGCUGUGCAGCGGCACUGGUGGGGGCCCUGGAGGGGGCAGCGGGGAUGGGGCCAGCAGUGGGGGUAUGGGGGCACAGAACCAUGUGAAGGAGAGAUGAGCCCUCCUGGGCCGGACAGGGGUGCAUAUGUGCAAAGAGACGAUCAUGUGCGUGUGUGCACACACGUGCCAGGGCACGCUUGCUGGUAAGGUCUGAGGGCCCCCCAGGUGGUGCCAAGCGUGGGCUCCACAGACACCACAGGGCCACAGUCACAUUCUGUGGCUUCCCUGUUGGAUGGAUGAGUGGCGUUUGUAGCAGAGAGCCUUUGGAGUCAUUCAUUCAUUCAACAAACAUUUAUUGGACUGACGUCUUGAGUUUUCUUCUGUGGGGUUUUCUUUCUCUGGUCUUCCAUGGCCCCUGCCCUCCCUGCCUCCUCCCCUGGGGGCUCUGCUGUUUUCCCUCGUGGGAGAUGAGUCUCCCUCUGAGGAGGGCUGUAUGUGCAGAAGUGGUUUCUGCUCUGUUUUGGGGAGUGGGUCUCCUUUACAGAGAUGCCGCCUCGCUCCCUCCUCUCCUGGCCUUGCCUGGAUUGUGGCUAUUAGUGGCUGAGAGUUCAGGGGUGAGGGGCCCAAGUGACCAUGAGGACUCACACCUGCUGCUUGCUCCUUUUACCCCUCUUGCCGCCUCCCUGAUGCCCAAGGAGGGCCCCCAACGUAGAGUCACCAGGAUGAGGCUGAGGCCCUGCGCAAAACACAGCUGGCAGCAGAAGGCAGAGGUCGCUUAUUUUAGCUCAUCUGUUCAGUCGUAAUAAAAAGAAUUCUCUCAGGUCAGA